AAGAGGUCCACACGUGAAUAUAUUUACAAUUUUGAUGAGAAUAGUGGACCGUUAGAAGUCACGGGAAAGCACAAUGAAGUUUGCUUACAAGUUUUCCAAUUUACUGGGGGCUGUUUAUCGCCGCGGGAACCUCACUUUCUGUAAAGACGGCAAUUCGGUGAUCAGUCCUGUAGGAAACCGCAUUUCUGUCUUCGACCUGAAGAAUAACAAGUCAGAAACUUUGCCUGUCUCCACUACUAAGAACAUCACUUGCGUCGGCCUGUCUCCUGACGGGAAUCUUGCCAUACUUGUGGACGAAGAUGGAGCAGCGCUAUUGGUCAGUUUGGUGACCAGAGCCGUGCUUCACCAUUACCACUUUCACAAGCCAGUCCAGAGCGUACGCUUCUCUCCAGACGGCAAGAAGUUUGUGAUUACAAAGGAGAAUGUAGCCCUGAUGUACCAUGCCCCUGGAAAACAACGUGAAUUCAACGCUUUUGUUCUGGAUAAGAGUUACUUUGGACCUUAUGAUGAGACAACCUGCAUUGACUGGACAGACGACUCCAAGUGCUUUGCAGUGGGAAGCAAAGACAUGACCACAUGGGUGUUUGGAGCAGAGCGAUGGAUCAAUCUGAUCUACUAUUCUCUGGGUGGCCACAAGGACAUCAUAGUCAACUGCUUCUUUGAGAAGGACAGUCUCGACCUGUACACUGUGAGUCAGGAUGGUACGCUUUGUAUCUGGGAGAGCAACACCGAGUUAGACGGCUUGCUAAAGGGACCCAAGUAUUCAGAACGCAAGAAGAAAGAGCGAGAGAGGAAAAAAAGAACAGAAGAAGAAGAGGAGCAGGAGGAGGAAGAUGAAAUGGAGGAGUUGGGAGAGGACGGAGAGAAGAGGUCAGAGGUCAUUAAGGGGAGUGCCGACGCACCGGAGGAACAGGAGGGUGUCAAGAACGUCCGCUACAAACAGAAAAGCAAGCAUUUCUUCAACAAAGAGGGCGACUUCAACAAACUGACAGCCGCUGCAUUCCACAAGAACACACACAUUCUGGUGACUGGCUUCGCUUCCGGUGUCUUCCACCUGCACGAACUUCCCGAUUUUAACCUCAUCCACUCACUAAGUAUCUCAGAUCAAAGGAUUUCCACCAUAGCAGUUAACAGCACUGGAGACUGGAUCGGCUUUGGCUGCUCAGGACUGGGCCAGCUGCUGGUCUGGGAGUGGCAGAGUGAGUCCUACGUCUUCAAACAGCAAGGACACUUCAACAACAUGGCCUCUCUGGCCUACUCCCCUGAUGGACAGUAUUUAGUUACCGGAGGGGAUGAUGGGAAAGUGAAAGUAUGGAACACGAACAGCGGCCUGUGUUUCGUCACUUUUACCGAACACACCAGCAGCAUCACCAGCGUCACCUUCACCUCCAGCGGCUUCGUCGUUGUCAGCGCCUCCUUGGACGGCACCGUCAGGGCCUUCGACCUCCACAGAUACCGUAACUUCCGGACCUUGACAUCACCGCGGCCGGCCCAGUUCUCCUCCCUGGCCGUGGACGCGAGCGGGGAGCUGGUGUGCGCAGGCGCUCAGGACUCGUUUGAAAUCUUCCUCUGGUCCAUGCAGACAGGUCGACUGCUGGAGGUGCUGAGUGGGCACGAGGGACCGGUCAGCGGCCUGUGCUUCUGUCCAGUGCAGUCGGUUCUGGCCAGUGUGUCCUGGGACAGGACAGUCAGGCUUUGGGACAUGCUGGACAGCUGGCAGACCAAAGAGACUCUCCGCCUCACGUCCGACGGACUGGCGGUAACAUAUCGGCCAGACGGGCAGGAGCUGGCGGUAGCCACCCUGGACGGAGAGAUCUCCUUCUGGAACCCUCAGUCAGCCACGCAGACCGGCUCUAUCGCCGGACGCCACGACCUGCAGACGGGCCGCAAAGAGACAGACAAGAUCACCGCCAAGCAGUCGGCCAAGGGCAAGUCUUUCACGUCCCUUUGUUACUCAGCGGAUGGCGAGUCCAUUCUGGCAGGUGGCCAAUCCAAGUUCGUUUGUAUCUACAGCAUCAAAGAGCAAAUCCUCAUGAAGAAGUUUGAGAUCUCCUCCAAUCUGUCUCUGGACGCUAUGGAGGAGUUUUUGGACCGGCGGAAGAUGACGGAGUUUGGCAGUGUGGCGCUGGUGGAUGAGGGGGUGGGUGACGGUGACGGUGUAGAACUCAGUCUGCCUGGAGUCAGGAGAGGUGAUAUGAGCUCACGCCAUUUCAAACCAGAGAUUCGGGUUACCUCUCUCCGGUUCUCCCCCACUGGACGCAGCUGGGCAGCAACGACCACCGAAGGUCUGCUGAUCUACUCACUGGACACAUCCUUGGUCUUUGACCCUUACGACCUCGAUUUGGAUGUCACUCCCGCAAGCGUGCGUCAGCAGCUGAGGCGAAAAGAGUGGACGUCGACCAUCAUGUUAGCUUUUCGACUUAACGAGGCUUCCCUCAUCACAGAGGUGCUAGAAACAGUACCGUUCGACCAAAUCGAGGUGGUUUGCGCCUCACUCCCAGACGUGUACGUGGAGAAACUGUUGGACUUCGUGGCCUCAUCUCUGGAGAAGUCAGGUCACCUGCAGUUCUAUGCCACUUGGGUUGAAAACCUGCUCACCAUACAUGGACAGAAGCUUAAGAACCGAUCAUCAGCAGUCCUGCCCACUGUACAGUCACUACUAAAAGGCAUCAAGAGGCACUACGAUGACCUGUCCAAGCUAUGCGAUUGGAAUAUGUACACCAUCCGCUACACCACGGCCCUGUCCAAGCAGAGAGGACUGAAGAGGCCCGAGGCAGAGACACACAGUAGUGAAGAGGAGGUGAUGGAAUCAGAGGAGGAGGAGGAGGAGGAGGAGGACAUGACAUGUGAGCCUCUCAUAGUAGAGACAGACUCUCUCACAUAGAUCAUUGAGAGAGAGAGGGAGAGAGACUCCAGAAUCAAAGUCUCUCUGUGAAACUGCGACCUGUCCCUAAGCAACACAACCUGAGUGCUGUUGCAGAAUGAUAAACUGGCUUAUGGAGGGGGUGGGCUACAGUGCCAUUCACAGAAUACAGACCUGUUUUUUUUGG